AUGGCAAAGGGAGCAAAGACCAACGACAUCCCUGAGCAACCUCCCUCAGUAGAGGAAGAUCUCUAUAGUAUUCUGGGCGUCCAGUCGGAUGCAACAGCCGAAACUAUCAAAACAGCAUACAAGAAGAGUGCCUUGAAGAACCACCCAGACAAGGUCAGCGAGGACGCCCGGGAAGAAGCCAACGCCAAAUUCCAGCGAAUCGCUCUCGCAUACGCCGUUCUGUCCGAUGAACGCCGCCGGAAGACCUACGAUCGUACCGGACGCACCGAGGAGUCGCUUGAUGAUGAAGGUUUCGACUGGAUGGACUUCUACCGCGAGCAGCUGUCCGCCAUGCUGGACACGCGCGCCAUCUCCGAUUUCCAGAAGAAGUACCAGGGCUCCGACGAGGAGAAACAGGACCUGCUGGAGGCUUAUGAGAAGUUCGAAGGCUGCAUGGAUUUCAUCUACGAUACCGUGAUGCUCUCCAAUGUCCUGGAUGACGAUGUGCGCUUCCGGGCGAUUAUCAAUAAAGCCAUUGCCGACAAAGAGGUUGAGGACUUCCCGAAGUAUUCCCAGGAGACCGAGGUACAGCGACAGGCCCGGGUCAAGCGUGCACAGAAGGAGGCCAAGCAGGCCGAGAGACACGCCAAGAAGAUCGAGGCCGACAAGAAGAAGAAAGCUGCUGCAUCUUCAAAGGCCAGUGGCCCUGCGGCUGGUGAGGAUGAUCUGCUUGCUAUGAUCACCAAGAGACAGCAGGACCGUGGUCAGGGCUUCCUGUCACAGCUGGAAGAGAAGUACGGUGGCAAGAGCAAGAAGCGCGGUGCGGCUGAUGAGCCUCCUGAGGAGGCGUUUGCUGCUGUUGGUGCGCGCAAGAAGUCCAAGGACACGAAGCCAAAAUCGAAGAAGGGGUCCAAGGCAUAA